UUCUUCUUCUCGUUCGAUUUCGCAUAUUUCGAAAAACAUUUUAUUCGAUUGUUUGAACAGUAAAAUUUGCUUUACAAUUUACAAAAAAGUUUGAAGCGGCCGCAUUUCAUGUGAUUUGGUGAAAAAAGUUAUCACACAGUGCUACACUUCGAAAUUGUCUCAAAAUGAACAUAUUGUUCUCAGCAGUGAACACAGUUUUGCUGAUCACAUUUAUUAUUGCCAAAACAGUCAGCGCAGAAGAAUUAUUUGCAACUGGUACUGCACGAUGUGAUGAUGUUGAACAUGGUAUAUGUACGUAUCAACCAGUCCCGCAGCCUCAGCCGCAACCUCAACUAUUCCCUCAGCCUCAGCCGCAACCUCAACUAUUCCCACAGCCUCAGCCUCAACCUCAACUAUUCUUACAGUCUCAGCCGCAACCUCAACUAUUCCCACAGCCUCAGCCGCAACCACAACUAUUCCCACAUCAGUCGGAAGAAAUUCCAAUCGAAAUUUCAACUCAACCACCACUUCAAACAUCCAAAUCAAGGCGACCGCCAAUAGCUCCGACUGCUAUCUUUAAGAAUGAUCCGAAUAUUCGGGGACGAUUGAUUACGACAGAAGAAGGAUGUGGUUACUCAAGCGUAAAGGAAUUUCAUCAGAUUGUUGGCGGAAAUCCAGCCAAACCAGGUAAAUACCCUUGGAUGGUAUUGAUCGGAUACAGAAACAACGUGGGCGAAGUGUAUACGAAAUGCGGAGGGUCAUUGAUAACAACACGCCACGUGCUUACAGCUGCCCACUGUAUCCUGUCUACAUUAUCCUUUGCACGGUUGGGAGAACAUGACAUCAGUUCAACGACUGAUGGAGUUGUGGAAGAUGUUAAUGUGAUACGCGCAGAACGACAUCCCGAAUAUAAUAGGCAUGAUAAAACCAAUGAUAUCGCUAUAAUAUACCUUGAACGAGACGUGAACAUGACGCUGCGCAUAAUUCCAAUCUGUUUACCAGUCGACCAUUCGAUUCGGAAUCGUUCAUUCAUUGACUAUAAUCCAUUUCUCGCUGGAUGGGGAAGACUUGAAGAGGGCGGUGAAUCUGCAAAUGUUUUACAAGAAUUGCAAUUACCAAUUCUCGAUAAUGCCGAUUGUAAAGAACAAUAUCGAAAACAAGGCAAAUUACUUUCUGAUGUGCAGUUUGGUGAUGCUGUUAUUUGUGCCGGUCGAUUGAGCGGAGGCCAAGAUGGUUGUCAAGGCGAUAGUGGUGGUCCUUUGAUGAUGCCAAUUGCGUCUGUAAUUCGACGUCCAGUUGUUGAUUUUCGAUUCUAUCAAAUUGGUAUAGUUUCGUACGGAAUAGGUUGUGCCAGAACGAAUACGCCAGGUAUUUAUACCAGUGUACCACAUUUCAUGGACUGGAUUCAAGAGAAAAUUAAACUGCAUCAAAUUUAAGAUUAAACUUUAUUGUUUUAAUUUACUAAUAUGUAUUGGGUUGGCUGAAUUAGAUUAUUAUGA